GUAGUUAGUUUUUUCUAUUCAUUCCAAAAACUGAAGCAAAGAAGAAGAAAGUUGCAGUGCUAAAAUGGCUGGAGCAGGACCAGGUUGCAAGAAUCAAAGAUGGUCUCUUCAGGGCAUGACUGCCCUUGUCACUGGUGGAACAAGAGGCAUAGGGUAUGCCAUUGUGGAAGAACUAGCAGCACUCGGGGCAGUGGUUCAUACAUGUUCCCGGAACCAGACAGAGAUUAAUGAAAGGUUACAAGAAUGGCACAAUAAAGGGUUUAAAGUGAGUGGUUCUGUCUGUGAUCUCUCAUCUAGAGAGCAAAGAAAGAAGCUUAUGGAGACUGUCUCCUCUGUUUUUGAUGGCAAACUAAACAUCCUCGUCAAUAACGCUGGAAUCACAAUGCUCAAACCUUGUGUGGAACACACUCUGGAAGACUACUCAACUGUAAUGAGCACCAAUGUUGAGGCUCCUUAUCAUCUUUCUCAACUUGCACAUCCCUUCCUAAAAGCAUCAGGAAAUGGAAGUAUUGUGUUUAUCUCCUCUGUAGCUGGUUCAUUGGCUCUACCUCGAGUAUCUGCCUAUUCAGCAUCUAAAGGAGCAAUCAACCAAAUUACAAAGAACUUGGCAUGUGAGUGGGCAAAGGAUAACAUUCGGACGAAUACUGUUUCACCAUGGGGUGUCAAAACCACGAUCAUGAUACCUGAGCCAGACAGCCCUUAUGUUGCCGAAUUUCUUAGGCUAAUAGCUGGAACAGCGAUGCCGAGGACGGGAGAGCCUGAAGAGAUAUCAUCAUUGGUGGCAUUCCUUUGCCUUCCUGCUGCCUCAUACAUCACCGGACAGGUUAUUUCUGUGGAUGGAGGGUACACAGCGGGUGGCUGUUGGCCAUUCCAAAAUUUUAGCUUUACUUCGUUUGGUCCUUGAAUUCCUAGCAUCGAGCUACCAGCGUGUGUCAACAUAAACAUUGCCUUAAAGCAAUUCAACCAGAUGUUCACAGGGAACAUUUUCUUAUUGUGGAUAAGUGUUUCAUUUGAAAGACUCAGAUAUCUUCUGCUAAAAUCUUAAUGUAGUUAUGUGUCAACUCAUAACUGGAACUUUUAAGCUAUUUUUGGGUUGAAAUUAUUGCCAUC